CAGGCAUCUCCACAAGUGGGAAUCACAGGCAGCACCUAACACGCCGCCACUUGCUUCUUCAGCUGCCUGCACGUCUAGCCCGAUGAGUCGUGCCCCACCAGCAACAUACGACGGCCUGGACAUCCAGUCCUUGGCACAGUCCGGCAAGCUGCCUGCCUUCAGUGACUUGAACCCGUUUGCACACUACGGCCACAACAAAGCGUCGGCAUCGCAACCACAACAUGAAAGUGGCCCGUCCGGCGGGCGGUGGCAGCCUGUCCCGGGCCUGAUCCAUUCCAAAGAAAGCUUGGCACUGCGCCAAGCGAUCGGGUCGAUUUUAAAGCAAGUGCACGAAGAAAUAUCGACAGAGAAGCUCGAAAUUCGUGCUAAUACACCCGAGUACCGCUUGGAAAGCGACGAUUGGAUUGCCCACAAGAACAGCAAAAACGUGCUACCGCCGACGCUGAAAUCGGUGGCGCGAUUGCCCAUGAGCUUGCUGACGAUAGAUCCCCAUGCAUGCGCCGGUCGCAAAGACCCGUCCGAACUCGUCUUUGGCAACUUGAAAAAGCGCGGCGAAACCAACAAAGCAUUCAAACGGCGAUUCUUCGACUUGGAAGACAAAAAGUUAUCGUAUUAUCGCAAAGAGCCGAUGAAGAACGGAUUGAUGCUCGGGAACAACGAAAAGGCAUCGCUGGUCACGGGAGUCAUCAACUUGUACGACGUGUCGGCUGUCCAGCCCCACGGCGACCCAAGCGUUGCAUGGGGCUUUGAGCUUGUCACGACCAACCGUACGUGGGUACUCGCGGCCGACUCGGAAGCCGACUACCAAAGGUGGGUCGAGGCCAUUUGUCACUCGGUGCCAUUCCAUUCGGUCAACAUCAUCUACCGCCGCAUGCUGCAACUUGCCGAAGUGAGCGCGAACGCUGCGAACGAAGUGCGUCUGGUGCUUCUGCCGUCGUACACGGUGGCCGAGACGGUCGAGCACAUCUUUGAAUGCUACAACAACAUGCUGGAUGCCGUGCCCCUCCACCCGUACGACCCCAACGACUAUGCGCUCAAGCUGACUGGGUACCGCGACUACAUGAUCGAUCCGACGCGCCAGGUCAGCGAUUACCAGCAUGUCCGCGAAUGCCUCCUCACUCGCAAGACGGUGUGCUUGACGCUGGUCCACCGAUCCAAAAUUGACGGCCCCGAGCUGCUCAAGGGCCUCAGCCAGUCCCAAGAUCUCUUGUAUAACGAAAAAGUGUGUUUGCUCGCCACCAAGUCGUCCCGAUCAAACUUGAACUUUACCACGUUGGGCGGGGACUGGAAGAAUGACGCCCAGGCCGCGACCAACCAAGACACGUCGGCCAACAACGUUGGCAAGAGCUGCCACUACCACGAACCACUCCGGUUUUGUGUCAACCGUGUGCUCAACAUCCCGCGCUUCACGACCCAUUUGAAGCGUGAUGCGCACGAAGUGGGUGUCGAGGGGCGGCCGUUGCUCUUCACAAACGCUGUGGUUGUCGUCGAGUUGUACAACGGCGGCAAGUUGAUCGAAGAACCCAUUGAAACCACCGAUAUCCGCAUGAAGGCCCAGAUGGACGACGGCUUGAUCGCGGUGUGGUCCGAGCCCAAGUGGUACCGCACCAAAACUCGCCUGAACGAGAUCCCGCGGUCCGCCCGCCUCGUGUUUACGCUCUACGGCGUGCGCAAGAACCAAGGCGGUGCGGUCUCGAACAACACGGACGGGUCCGACCGCGAGCGCAUCCUCACGACCGGCAUCAACGUGUUCGACGUGGAAGGACUCAUCUCCCAAGGCGAGCAAUACGUUCAAAUGAUCGAUAACCUCCACCACUGCCACUACGGCUCGGUGCCGCACAUUGUCGACAAGGACAAGCCCUUGAUUCACAUCUCGCUGUCGUCGUACCACACCGACAUUGCGUUCGACUGGUCGCAAGGCAAUGGGUACGAAGCCACCAAGAAGAAGGCGUACACCCAUCGCAGCCAAACGCUUCAAAAAUCGGGAUGGCUCAAGAAAACGGGCAAAAACUACACGCUGUCGCAGUGGCAGCGCCGGUGGUUUUCGCUCAACCAGACAACCAACUCGUUGUCGUACGGUGAGGACGUCCACACACCGGCAAAGCACACGAUCAACGUCCUCGGGGCGACUGUGUGGGCCACGGACGAGCUCAACUCCAAGUUUACGACGUUCGUCACGUCCAAGAGCACCAAGAAGGAACAACAGACGUGGGUGUUUAAGCUCCGAGCGGAAGGAAGCAGUCGCGAGUUUGUCAUGAGCGCCAGCACCAAGCAGGAACGCGAGGAAUGGAUGACUGCGAUCAAAUUGGUCGCGCGCGGCGAGACCUUUUCCGACGACGAGGACAACCAGACCGAGACAAACAGCAGCAUGGCGAUGAGCUUCCACUCGAUGUCGAGCCAAGACUCGGCGCGGCACUCGAUGCUGCGGUCGUUCACGCUGCCCCAGUCGUCCAUGUUUCUCACGCAGCGCGCGUCGUCCGCGUCGAGCGUGGGUAGCGUCGACAGCAAUAUGCGCGCGGUGGACGAUCUGCGCCACAUCAUCUCGCGCGACCCGCUGUACCGGUUGAGUUCGUACGAGAAGGCCAUCAUGUGGAAGAACCGCCACAUGUUCAAGAACGAUUUUGAUGCGUUGCCGCGGAUCCUGACGUGUGUGAACUGGAACAACUCGACCGAAGUCGACGAAAUCGUGAGCAUGCUGUCGCUGUGGAAUACGGCGAGCCAUCCCGCGGGGUACAUUCGGCUGCUCGACUUGGAGUUUGCAAACGAAGGUGUCCGCGAGUUUGCCGUCCAAAAGUUGAGCGAGAUGGCCGACACAACGUUCAGUUAUUUCUUGCCGCAGCUUGUCCAAGCGCUCAAGUACGAAAACCACCACGUGUCACCGCUGGCCCAACACCUUAUCAAGCGCGCUAUCGAAAACCCCAACCAGAUCGGGUUCGACUUGUUCUGGGCCAUGAAGGUCGAGUCGUACAACGAUCAGUUCAAGGAGCGGUACGGACUCCUCCUCAACACGUAUGUCGACGUGUGCUCGCGCAAGAUGCGAUCGAUCCUCGAGCUCCAGGACAAGUUGUUUUCAGAGAAGGGCGAGUUUGAGCAGAUUUGCCAGCUCGUCAAGCAACUCCACCACGACGGCAAGAGCAAGGACGAGAUGAAGGCGGCCAUGCGCGAACAACUCGCCAAGCUCAACGAAACGUUGCCGUCGUCGUACCAGUUGCCGAUCGAUCCGCGCGUCGAAGUCGGCAAGAUCUUGGUUCACAAGUGCAAGAUUAUGAGUUCGGCCAAGCUGCCGCUCUGGCUCGAGUUUGAAAACGCCGAAGAAGGCGGCGACCCCGUCGUGAUCAUUUUCAAGGCUGGCGACGACGUCCGUCAGGACUGCUUGACGCUCCAGUUGAUCCGUCUCAUGGACGAAAUGUGGCGCGAAGACGGAAAAGACCUCGCGAUGGAGCCGUACAAGUGCGUGUCGACGGGCCCCAUGACCGGUCUCGUUCAAGUUGUUCUGCACUCAGUGACGACUGCCGCCAUCCACAAGCGCGGCGGCGGCGUCAUCGGCGCGUUUGACGACACAAGUUUUGCCAGUUGGAUUGCAGCCAACAACGGCGACCCGCGGAGUUACAGGACGGCGGUGGAUUUGUUUUUGCGGUCGUGCGCUGGGUACUGUGUUGCCACGUACGUGCUGGGCAUUGGCGAUCGCCACAACGACAACAUUAUGAUUACCAAGCAAGGGCGGUAUUUUCACAUUGAUUUCGGCCACUUUUUGGGCUUUAUGAAGUACCAGUACGGGAUCAAGCGCGAGCAAACGCCGUUUGUGUUUACGCCCGAAAUGCGCUACGUUUUCAAACCGACGUCAGCGGAAGGACACGACGAGUUCCCGCGGUUCCAAAUGCUGUGCGGGGAAGCGUUCAACGUCGUGCGAAGACACAUGCACCUGUUGGUGUCGCUGCUGCUGCUCAUGAUCCCCGCGUCCAUGCCAGAGCUGCGCCACCGCGACGACAUUAGUCAUAUCGUGGAAGUGACGGCGCAAAAGUUGACGGACGAAGACGCCGCUGCCUACUUUGCCGAUCUCAUCGUCCAGUGCAUGAGCAACACGAUGAAGCGCAUUGACAACACAUUCCACAUCCUCAAGCAUCGAUAGACCUCCCCCAUUUAUUUCGUAAAGCGUUGUAGUGUCAUGGACCAAGCGUCGAGUGUGGCCAUUCGUGUUAGAUGCCCCACGUUUGGCUGCUGCAAACUGGUCCACACUCGCCAUGCAGCAAGGACGAGUUGUGUCAGAUCCUGACGAGAAUGGAUGCCUUAGUAG